AUGCCUGAGGCUGCCCAAAUAAACCGCUCCCUAUCCACGAUCCGGACGGAGCUCGAGUUCCUGCAAGCAUCGAACGUCCUCUCAGGAGCACAGUUCCAAUCGAUCAUGGCCCAACUCCCUCACAACGGCCAAGCAUCUGGUUACAUCGACCCUCGCUACGACCCAAAUCCGCAGCAGCAAUUCCAUCCCAGCCAGGUGGCUCAGCAGGCGCAGGAUCCGAACCACCCUGCGCAUCCCAAAAAUCCCAAGCACCACGAAUGGGCACGGAACAUGGCGAGUAAAUUCGGGAAUGCGGCCAUGUUUGGAGCCGGUGCAACUUUUGGAGGCGAUCUCGUUAACGAUGUUAUGCGAAACUUAGCGAGUGCCAGCCAAAGAAAAUCUCGUCGACUGGGAAACAAAGCUCAAAGACGUCCGUCACAUCUACCGGUAUCUAUCUUUCAACAAGAAAUUGAUGAUGCCAAUGCCAAUGCCAAUGCCAGCUGUCAACAUUGGACAACUCAGAGCAAGGCAAUCCAAGGCCAAAAAAAAUUAUGCCAUUCAAGGGGUCAAGCAGUCUUGGAUUUGCCAGCGCUAAAUCAUCUUGGAAUUGCUGGUGCGCCCAGUACUUCUGACUGUCUUUACUUUCUGACUUCCAGCUCAGCAUCGAUUGUCACCAUCGCAGCAACCCUAUGCGAGCUCGCUGCUGCUCAAACUUUCUCCGCCUGCAAUCCUCUCUAUUCGACCGGAUGUCCUGUAAAUACAGCUUUGGGAAGGUCAAUUAGUGUCGACUUCACGAAAGGCUCCGUCAACUCCUUUACAGCCGUCGGAGAUACUACUUACGACUCGAAUGGCGUCCAUCUCACAGUACGCAAAGGCGGAGAUGCUCCCCAACUCACCAGCGUAUUCUACAUCAUGUUUGGAAGGGUUCAGUUCACAAUGAAGUCGGCUCCUGGUGCGGGUAUUGUGAGCUCACUGGUUCUGCAAUCCGACACCCUCGACGAAAUCGACAUAGAGUGGUUGGGUGCAGAUGAUACGGAGAUGCAGACCAAUUACUUUGGCAAGGGCGAUGUUACCUCAUACAACCGAGGAGCUUACAAUCCUGCGCCCAACAACCAGGGCGAGUUCAUAUCGUAUACCAUCGAUUGGACUGCGGAGCAGAUAACUUGGUCUGUUGGGGACCAGGUGGUUCGGGUUCUCACACCAGCUGACGCGGAUACCAAUCAAUACCCGCAAUCCCCUAUGCAAGUAAAAUUUGGGGCAUGGUCAGGAGGAGACCCUGCGAAUCCUGCCGGAACUAUUGACUGGUCCCGAGGACCGACUGACUACUCUCAAGGACCAUUUACCAUGUCCGUAAGAUCCAUUCAAGUCACCGACUACUCGACCGGGACCCAAUACAAAUAUGGCGAUACUAGUGGUAACUGGCCAUCGAUCGAAGCAGUGGGUGGGAAAGUCAAUGGAAACAUAGGCGCAGCAGGAUCACCAGUGGCAAGCGCAGACAUCCCCGCCAUCACUUCACCCUCCCCACAAAUUCCCGUCGGACUCGGCGAAGACGAAGACUCGGCCGCCAGACAGACUGGCUGGCCUUGGGUUGCUACCACAACCCUCACAACAGUAGCCGCGACCAGCGCGCCUGGAGUCCCUUCCGGAUGGGUUAUAACCUCUGAAGGGAAAGUGGUGCCUGCAAGUUCUGCGGCAGUUCUAGCAGCUUCAACCCUAUACUACUCAGCGGACCCAUCGCCCUCGGUCUUAUCGCCGCCACUAGGUGGCGGCUUUGAAAGGUCAACCGGCUGGGACGACCGCGGUUUUCCAACGACAUACACCAGAAUAUCUGGCUGGGAGACGCAAGUAGAGAGUUUUGACGGCCAGGGAUUUUUCAUCACAGCUGCUCCGACACCGAUGGCGACGCCUGUUGGUGCUGCGACGCAGGGAGCCUGUUUUGGGCUGAAUAGUGGAACGAAUGGGAAGGUUGUGGGCACGAGUCGCUCGAAAGCUGGUGGUAUUAUGCAGCAGGCCCCGAAUUUGAGAGGUGCGGCCGUCUUGGGGGUGAUUGCUGCGCUAGAGAGGCUGCUGCUAUGA